AUGGACCCCUCCCAAAAGUCCCCAGACCGCACAGCCAACCGCCUCGCGCUCUACCAACAACAUCUCUCCGCCCCGCACUCCAACCAACCACCCACAAUGGCCGCCCGCGACCCCAUAACCUGCCACUGUCUAAACACAUUGACCGGCACCCCGGCCGCAAACCUCCCCGUCACAUUGACAUUGCUGUCAACCCCCGCAGGACCCUCCAGCCCCGUCACCUUCCACGCCACAACUAACGCCGACGGCCGCGUCGCGAAAUGGACUCCUGCGGGCGGUGCAACUGCAUCUACAUCUUCCGUUCCGGAUAUCCUGGCUGCGUUGCCGACUGCGGAGAGCAAGACGAACUGGUCUGUGCGCUUUGAUGUUGGACCUUGGUAUGAGGCGCAGGGCAUUGAGAGCUUCUGGCCUGAGGUUGAGGUUAAAUUUACUGUGAAGGGCCGUGGGCGUGAUGGAGAGGAGGGCUGGCGCCAUUACCAUGUGCCUGUUUUGCUUGGGCCUUGGAAUUACUCUACCUACCGGGGAUCUUAA